UAAACCCUCAAAUAUGUCCCACACUCUAAUCGAAAAAGCUUUGAACUUUUCUAACCUAUAUGUCAGUAUGUCACUCCAUCCAAUGACCUGAUUCUCUAUCUCUUCUCCCUUUUCUAUAUCUUUUCACAGAGGUGGAGCAGAGCAUCAGAAACCCAUAAAAAAACCCACCCCAGUAAGUAAGUAGCCCAAAGAUCCAAUCUUUACGCUCCACAGCGUUUUGUUUCUGCUUCAAAACCCAUAGACUAGAUUAGAAAGCCCAUAUUUCUUUUGUCAUAAUUUCCAGUUCAGCUGAGCAACAAUGCAGCUGGGUCUUGUUCCCCUGCUCAUUCUCCUUUUCUGCUUCAUCAUCUCGAUUUCCAGCGCAGAGUUCUCGGGCAAGGUGGGUGUGAACUACGGCCAGCUGGGCAACAAUCUACCAUCUCCAUCAGAAUCUGUGAAGCUCAUCCAAACCCUCAAAGCUAAGCGAGUCAAAAUCUACGAUGCCAACCCCAAAAUCCUCAAGGCUCUCCAAAACACAGACCUUCAAGUCUCGAUUAUGGUACCCAAUGAGCUGAUCAACAACAUUUCCUCCAAUCAAACCCUCGCGGACCAAUGGGUCCGCUCCAAUGUAGUCCCCUUCUACCCACAUACCCUAAUCCGGUACCUCCUCGUCGGAAACGAAAUCCUCUCGGCGCCGGACAAGUCCAUCUGGUUCAAUCUGGUUCCGGCAAUGCGCAAAAUCAAGCAUGCUCUCAAAACCCACGGAAUCACCAAAGUCAAAGUCGGGACUCCGUCGGCCAUGGACGUGCUCGAGUCCUCGUUCCCGCCGUCCAACGGUACGUUCCGGUCGGAUAUCUCCGGCUCCGUCAUCAAACCCAUGUUAAAGUUUCUGUUCAAAACCAAGUCCUUCUUCUUCAUCGAUGUCUAUACUUACUUCCCCUGGUCUUCCGAUCCGACCAACAUCGAUUUGGGCUACGCUCUACUCGAACCCACCAACGUGACGUACACCGACCCGGUUUCGGGUCUGACGUACCACAACCUCUUCGAUCAGAUGGUGGACGCUUUAAUUUUCGCGAUGAAGCGACUCGGGUACCCGGAUAUCCGGGUCUGGAUCGCCGAAACGGGUUGGCCCAGCGGCGGAGACUACGACCAGAUUGGCGCCAACAUCCACAACGCCGCUAUUUACAACCGCAAUGUGAUCAAAAAGUUCACGGCUAAACCGCCGGUCGGAACGCCGGCUCGACCGGGCGUGGUUCUCCCGAGCUUCAUCUUCGCUCUUUAUAACGAGAACACGAAACCGGGUCCGAGUACGGAGCGGAAUUUCGGGUUGCUGUACCCGAACGGGUCGAAUGUGUAUCAGAUUGACUUGACCGGGAGGAUGCCGGAGUCCGAGUUCAAGGCGUUGCCGCCGGCGACGAAUAAUAAGCCGUAUCCGGGGCCGAUAUGGUGCUUGGCUAAGAAGGGAGCCAAUAAGACUGCGGUUGCAGAGGCUUUGUCGUACGCUUGCUCGCAGGGGAAUAAAACUUGUGACCCGAUCCAACCCGGAGGGAAGUGCUUUAAGCCCAAUUCGUUGGCCCAACAUGCGAGCUAUGCGUUCAGUGCGUAUUGGGCUCAGUUUAGGAAGGCCGGUGGAAGCUGCAACUUCGGUGGUCUAGCUGUUCAAACCAUCAAAGAUCCAAGUUAUGGAUCAUGCAAGUUCCCGGGUGCUAAGCUAUGAGUUCGGAGGGUGUAUGAUGGUGGUGCAUUGCCUCCCCCUUCAUUCUUGAUAUUACAAAUUUUAUAGAGGGUCUCGUCUAGGCUAAAGAAAACUCUAAUUUCCACCAAUUCACCAUUUUUAUUCUCCAAGGAUUGGCCGUAGGAAUUAGAGCAGUUUAGACUCCUUUGAGAUUAAAACGGGUUUCCAAAUCCACAUUUUGGUGCUAUACCAUCACCAUUUUGUUGUCGACUGUUUUUGGCACCUCCUUUUCGUCCCUACAGUCUUUUUAACGGCUAUAUGCAUCUGAAGCUAUUAUUAUUAGUAAUGGCUAGAUAUUGUCAUUGUAGUUCUUUUUCCUUGUAUUCUCUAUUCCCAAAUUAUUGCAAUAUUUAUAUGGCAAUUGCCAACGGGCUAUUUGGAGAUAUAUCCCUUUGUUUAUAAAACUUUAUGUGUUCCUUGUA